UUAAACCUUGGUUGGGGGGGCGAAAUAAAACCAACCGCGGGCCAAAUUUGGCUCGUGGUCCGCUAGUUGGGGAAUCCUGAUUUAAGAUAAUGUUUUACAGCUUUGUCAAUAUUUGAUAAGGCCACACAGGGCCAGAUAUAAUUAGACACAUGUAAUAAUCUGAAGUACCCCAAAAGGCCACUAGAUGUCAUCUUGUAAAAUUCACCCCAAAACUUGAAAGUCACCAAAUUCUGGUAGUUCACUGGUAAACUUAGAAGGUUUACAGUAAUAUACCCUCCCUUUCCAACCCUUCUCCCACCUGAAGCUACUCCAGUCAAUGCUAAGGCCAUUGAAAAGAGAUGGCUUCAUCAGAGACUGGGCCUUUACUGAGUGUGACCCAGACUGCCCCCUCUAACCCCAGGCUGAUGGUGUCUGGCUCGUCCACCCCCUGCCUCAGCCCACCCUGCUACGCUGGGAGGAGAUCACAGGACACACCCCGUUGGAGCGCUACGGCAUGACAGAGAUAGGCAUGGCCCUGUCCAACCCCCUGAAGGGUCCUCGCAUCCCAG